UGAGUUUGUGUGCUUACUAGCAACCACUUUCAACAUUUCUGCAAAGCUAGAGAAGGGUUCCCAGUGCCGAUUUCGACACUGUGAAGAGGCCCUUGACAGUGACACUGUGUGCUCAUUAUGGAGAGAGAGGAAAUGUUUAGAUCCACUUUGCAGAUUUAGACACAUGGAAAUGCAGCAAAACUGCAGCAUUUCAUGCUUCUGGGAAACCCAACCUCUUGGUUGUGUGAAGAUCAGUUGUAUCUUUUAUCACAGCAAACCUCGAAAUAUCAAUGGAUUAUUUUUGCCACCAAGUAGCAAUAUCACACUACAGAAAGAAAGUCAGGAAGGAAUUCCACUCCAGACCCAGAAUCAGGAACCUCUAAAACCUCAGGAAAAUAUAUCACGACCCAUCCACAACCCCUUAGUUUUAAAAACCAAUUUUGAGGAAGAAGAGGAAAUAGAUGAACAAAAUGAUGCUUCUAGUUUAUGGACAAAGACUCCUGAAGAAAUUGAAGAAAAAAGAGCAAUUAAGGAGAUGUGUUAUAAAUCUGGAGAAUACUACAGAUUUCAUACUCCUCCAGAUAUUUCAUCCUCGAAAAGUGUGGCCCCUACAGUAGAAAAAGAGUCAGAAAAGCCUUUGGAAAGUGGCAGUGAAUUGCAAGAAGGAGAUAGUCUUACAGUUCCGACAAAAUUUAGCCAAUAUGAAAGGCAAGGUGAAAUAAAAACAUCAUUGCAUAGGAAACCAGGGACUGACAUUGCUGCCUCUGAAAAUGGAGGAGGUGACUGUUAUGUUCCACAGAGGAUCAUGUUUCUUGGAGUAGAUGAAAAUGAAGCUUUAAUGGAAGAGAAAGAAAUCACCAUAUCAAAAUUUUCAAAUACUAAAGUGAAUGAUGUCCAGCCAAGGAAGCCUCAUUUUAAAGGUGUGAAAAAAAGAAAAUGGAUUUAUGAUGAACCAAAGAACUUUCCUGGCUCUGGAAUGCAGAGAGCAGUAAAGACCCCAAGUCCCCAAAAUAAAAUGAGUUACCAUCGCAAUAAUAAAAAUCGAAAUACUGAGAAUGCAUCCUAUGUUCAUGUUCAAAGAGAUGCCGUCAGGAGUGUCUCGUUGAAUGCACCUCCCCGCAGCAGGCCCACACAGGCGUCCUACAAUAAAGUCCAUGUUAACAAGGAACCCAAACCCAACCUCAGUCCAGACAAAUAUAUGUCAACAUCAUAUAAUGGUUCAGCCUGGCGAAAACGAAUUCCUUUUUCAAAAACAUAUUCAAAAAGUGAAAAGAUAUAUCCAGAGCCAAGAAGAAAUGGGAGCAAGUAACCUGGAGGUUGAGAGAAGAGAAAAAUGAGAAAAAAGUGCCAGACAUCAUCUGAUUUACAAUCAAAAAUGAAAAUUCAAAGAAUGAGAUACUCAAGUACUCUAUGCUGUUUACUGGAUAGCCAAAGAUGAUAAAAAUGCAAAUUCUGAAAAUAAGAUGCAGGAAGUACAUUGUGCUCUUUCAAAACUGAUAAAAAUGCAAAUUACAAACAGCUGCCAGUGUAUUUAUGUAGGUCUGGAAUUCAUUCCGUGCAUUACUACAAACAUUUUAAUAAAAUUUAAAAGUUUGACAAUUGAAA